AGUGUCUGAUGUUUGCCUGAACUGUUUGUACAUCUGGGCCAUAUUGCAGAACCCUGCCCUUCUUUGUUGACUGAGGAAAGCUCGCUCCCUGCCCAGGUUUUUCAUUGUUGAUCGAAAUUAACACCAGGUGGUGAAUAGAGCCCCUCCUAAGGUUGCUCAGGAUAAAUCAUUUAUUAAAUAGGUCUGCAUAUCAGGAGGGGCGUGAAGGCUCCCAGAAGGAAAUGCUGGCACCUGGGCCCAGAAGCCAGGGCCUCUAACUCCUGGGGUUGAUUUCUUCAGUGAAGUUGUACCCUACAAAGGGAAUAUGGCCAAAGCGGCACUCAACUGAAGGCUGAUAUCAGGCGAUUAGACAGCCAUGCAUUCUGCGUUUGUCUGGAAUGGAUUGUAGAGAGAUGGACUUAUAUGAGGACUACCAGUCCCCGUUUGAUUUUGAUGCAGGAGUGAACAAAAGCUAUCUCUACUUGUCUCCUAGUGGAAAUUCAUCUCCACCCGGAUCACCUACUCUUCAGAAAUUUGGUCUGCUGAGAACAGACCCAGUCCCUGAGGAAGGAGAAGAUGUUGCUGCCACGAUCAGUGCCACAGAGACCCUCUCGGAAGAGGAGCAGGAAGAGCUAAGAAGAGAACUUGCAAAGGUAGAAGAAGAAAUCCAGACUCUGUCUCAAGUGUUAGCAGCAAAAGAGAAGCAUCUAGCAGAGAUCAAGCGGAAACUUGGAAUCAAUUCUCUACAGGAACUAAAACAGAACAUUGCCAAAGGGUGGCAAGACGUGACAGCAACAUCUGCUUACAAGAAGACAUCUGAAACCUUAUCCCAGGCUGGACAGAAGGCCUCAGCUGCUUUUUCGUCUGUUGGCUCAGUCAUCACCAAAAAGCUGGAAGAUGUAAAAUUGCAAGCCUUUUCACAUUCCUUUAGUAUACGUUCCAUUCAGCAUUCAAUUAGCAUGCCUGCUAUGAGAAACUCCCCAACUUUUAAAUCAUUUGAAGAAAAGGUCGAAAACUUAAAGUCUAAAGUAGGGGGAACCAAGCCUGCUGGUGGUGAUUUUGGAGAAGUCUUGAAUUCGGCUGCAAAUGCUAGUGCCACCACCACGGAGCCUCUUCCAGAACAGACACAGGAGAGCCUGUGAGAUUCCUACCUUUGUUCUGCUACCCACUGCCAGAUGCUGCAAGCGAGGUCCAAGCACAUCUUGUCAACAUGCAUUGCCAUGAAUUUCUACCAGAUGUGCUUUUAUUUAGCUUUACAUAUUCCUUUGACCAAAUAGUUUGUGGGUUAAACAAAAUGAAAAUAUCUUCACCUCUAUUCUUGGGAAACACCCUUUAGUGUACAUUUAUGUUCCUUUAUUUAGGAAACACCAUUAUAAAAACACUUACAGUAAAUGGGGACAUUCACUAUAAUGAUCUAAGAAGCUACAGAUUGUCAUAGUUGUUUUCCUGCUUUACAAAAUUGCUCCAGAUCUGGAAUGCCAGUUUGACCUUUGUCUUCUAUAAUAUUUCCUUUUUUUCCCCUCUUUGAAUCUCUGUAUAUUUGAUUCUUAACUAAAAUUGUUCUCUUAAAUAUUCUGAAUCCUGGUAAUUAAAAGUUUGGGUGUAUUUUCUUUACCUCCAAGGAAAGAACUACUAGCGACAAAAAAUAUUUUGGAAUAAGCAUUGUUUUGGUAUAAGGUACAUAUUUUGGUUGAAGACACCAGACUGAAGUAAACAGCUGUGCAUCCAAUUUAUUAUAGUUUUGUAAGUAACAAUAUGUAAUCAAACUUCUAGGUGACUUGAGAGUGGAACCUCCUAUAUCAUUAUUUAGCACCGUUUGUGACAGUAACCAUUUCAGUGUAUUGUUUAUUAUACCACUUAUAUCAACUUAUUUUUCACCAGGUUAAAAUUUUAAUUUCUACAAAAUAACAUUCUGAAUCAAGCACACUGUAUGAUCAGUAGGUUGAACUAUGAACACUGUCAUCAAUGUUCAGUUCAAAAGCCUGAAAGUUUAGAUCUAGAAGCUGGUAAAAAUGACAAUAUCAGUCACAUUAGGGGAACCAUUGUUGUCUUCAUUUAAUCCAUUUAGCACUAUUUAAAAUAAGCACACCAAGUUAUAUGACUAAUAUAACUUGAAAAUUUUUUAUACUAAGGGGUUGGUGAUAACUCUUGAGGAUGUAAUGCAUUAAUAAAAAUCAACUCAUCAUUUUCUACUUGUUUUCAAUGUGUUGGAAAUUGUAAAAUGAUACUGUAGAACCUGUCUCCUACUUUGAAAACUGAGUGUCAGGGCUGAGUGAAUCAAAGUGUCUAGACAUAUUUGCAUAGAGGCCAAGGUAUUCUAUUCUAAUAACUGCUUACUCAACACUACCACCUUUUCCUUAUACUGUAUAUGAUUAUGGCCUACAAUGUUGUAUUUGUUAUUUAUUAAGUUGUGAUUGUUUUAUUAUUGUUUAUGCCAAAUGUUAACUGCCAAGCUUGGAGUGACCUAAAGCAUUUUUUAAAAGCAUGGCUAGAUUUACUUCAGUAUAAAUUAUCUUAUGAAAACCAAAUUUUAAAAGCCACAGGUGUUGAUUGUUAUAAAAUAACAUACUGCCAUUCUUGAUUGCUAGAGUUUUUGUUAGUACUUUGGAUGCAAUUAAAACUAUGUGCUGUCACAUGUGAAAAGCUUAAUAAAUUCCAUCUAUCAGUA